UAUAGUUGCAGUGUGAACUCAAAUAAUGACGGCGAAGCCACUAAACCCAAAACCAACCUAAUUUCAAGCACCAAAAUUUCCAUCUUCAACUUUCAUUCCCAAUUCUUCUUCAAUUUUUCAAUCCCCAUUCCUACGUAAGUUUUUCUUCCCUUUCGUGGGUUUCUUUUCAGCGAUCCUGCUCUACACACCUUCAAUGCUCACUUUUUUCAUUUCACAUUCCAAAUAUGUUUUUAACGGCAAGGGGAUGGGGUUGUGAUUUGUAAUUGGAGAAGGGGGGAGGAAGGAGGACACCGUCCACGGCCACAAUGCGGUGGUUUCCGUUGAGUACAACUUCAAGCUCGGAAAGAGAACGAGAUAGAGAGAAUAAUACUACUCGUACUUCGGUGUAUCUCAAUGUAUAUGAUCUUACUCCCAUAAACAAUUAUCUUUACGUGCUUGGUCUUGGAAUAUUUCAUUCGGGUAUUCAAGUGCAUGAUAUUGAAUAUGGAUUUGGAGCACAUGAAUAUUCAAGUAGUGGUGUGUUUGAAGUGGAGCCUAGAAGCUGCCCUGGCUUCAUCUUCAGACGAUCAGUGUUGUUGGGCAGCACUGAUAUGUCUAAUUCAGAAUUUCGAUCAUUCAUAGAGCGCCUUUCAGCAAAAUAUCAUGGAGACACUUAUCAUCUUAUUGCCAAAAACUGCAACCAUUUUACAGAUGAAGUUUGCCAGCAUCUAACAGGAAGUUCUAUCCCAGGAUGGGUAAAUCGUAUGGCUCGUAUAGGUUCUUUCUGCAAUUGUCUUCUGCCAGAAAACCUCCAGGUUGCUGCAGUUAGACAUCACCCGGAACGUCUUGCAUUUUCUGAUGAUGAUGGAUCAGGAUCGGAUGGUCAUUCUGCAUCCACUGACAGUGAAGAGGAUGAGCCUAAUCACCAUUUGCUAACAGCACCAAACGGUGAUGUUGCUUUUCUAAAGGAAAAACCAGUUCGGCUGGCGCGGGAGAACCUAUGAUUUUAGUUGGUUUACCUUUUCUUUAUAUUCUUUCUUUGUUCUCUUGGCUUGUACCUAUGUAUGAUCCUACCUUCAGUGCAACGAGUUUCCCAACUGGAAUAUUUAAGACUCAUAAUGCAUGCUUUGUAGAACAAAGACCAUAAUCUGUUGUAUAAUGUCCUGUACGUGUCAAAAUAGACUGGUUAGGAGUACAGACAAAAAUGUUCAGGUAUACUGUUAAAUCUGAUUCAGUGAUUCCUUUCCCAAUCCAUCUUUUCUGUAACGCACAAAAUGACUGAUUAAUGUAAACCUUGUGUUUGCUCCUUAUAUGAAUGAAAAUUUCAUCAGUUGAAAGUGUCA